AUGCUCAUAAUCGGUCGAGCUAUCGCAGGGCUGGGUGCUUCUGGUAUCAUCAACGGAUCAUUCACGAUCAUCUCCGCUUCAGUUCCCCUCGAGAAGCGACCCCCUUUCAUCGGGGCGUGCAUGGGAAUUUCCCAACUUGGCCAGGUGAUAGGGCCUCUCAUCGGUGGUGCCUUCACGACAGGUUACACUUGGAGAUGGAGCUUCUACAUCAAUCUGCCCCUUGGAGCCAUCGUCGCUGUUCCUUUGGUCAUUAUCCACAUUCCUGAACAGAUUGCAAAGCAGAGCCCACUUCGCGUCCUCAAAGGUCUCCACCGUUUCCUCGACCUCAUCGGCUUCGCCUUAUUCGCUCCAUCAGUCAUCAUGCUCCUUCUCGCCUUGCAAUAUGGGGGAAACCAGUUUCCGUUGAAAUCAUCUCAAGUCAUUGGUCUUUUCUGCGGCGCGGGUCUCAACGCCGUUGUCUGGGCUUUCUGGAACCGUCACAAGGGCGAUGAAGGCCUCAUUCCGACUUCCAUGGUUAAGAGACGCAUUGUCGCCAUUAGCUCCCUCAACUAUGGGCUUUUCAUGGCCGUGGUGUUUGGUGGUGUUUUCUACCUGCCGAUCUACUUUCAAGCCAUCAAGGAGAAGAGCGCUAUACUCAGCGGCGUUUAUCUCAUGCCGAACAUCCUACCACAAAUACUCACGACAAUCUUGACUGGUGUUCUGGUCCCAAAGGUCGGCCGGAUCCCGCCAUUCGCUCUAUUUGCGGCGGCUACAACAGCAAUUGGCAGCGGCCUUUACGGGACGUUUCAGCCGAACACUUCGACCGGGAAAUGGAUUGGAUACCAGAUCCUGGCCGGAGUCGGACAAGGCUUUGGCUUUCAAAUGCCGCUGAUUGCCAUCCAAAAUGACACCAAGCCGGAGCAUCUCGCCGAGGCAACUUCACUCCUCGUCUGGGCGCAGUAUGUUGGCCCGACGAUCUUCAUCGUAGCUUACAACACUCUCUUUACCUCCAGCCUGCGCUCGGAGAUUCCCAAGCACGCACCCAAUGCGGAUGUAGAGGCUAUUGUUGCGGCUGGAGCUACGAAGUUCCGCAAGCUGGUGUCUGCUGAAGAUCUCCCAGCUAUCCUGGUCGCGUAUGCAAAUGCUAUUGAUCAUGUGUUUUUCUUGGUUGCGGCAGUCGGUGUCCUUGCCUUUCUAGCUGCCUUCGGCAUGGGUUGGAGAGAUAUCAGGCAGAAACCGGCUGCACCAGGGACGAGCAAUGAUGACGACGGAUCUUCUAGUCCUGCUCAAGCUUGA